AUGCCGUCCAAGGGAAAUUCCUUUACGGAGUAUGGUGAAAAGCCGAGCUCGAGGCGGCCCGGAUUGCUUAAGAAUCAGUUGCGGCUGGUGCGGCGAGUGAUGCCGGAUGGCAAGGCGCGCAAGGAGAUAGCUCCAGUGGAGGAGCAGCUGUCGUUCGAGAAAGGCUUCUUCCUCUUCAUCCGCGCCGUGCAACUGCUCACACAGAACAACGCGGGGGUGAUUCUGGUGGGGCUGGCGGGGCCGUCGGGCGCGGGCAAGACGGCGUUCACGCACAAGGUGGCGGGUUUCAUGCCCUCCAUCGCCGUGCUCUCCAUGGACCACUAUAACGUCGCCUCGCGCGUCAUCGACGGCAACUUCGACGAUCCGCGCAUCACGGACUACGAGCUGCUGCUGGAGAACAUCGAGGGGCUGAGGCGAGGCGAGGCGGUGCAGGUGCCCAUCUACGACUUCAAGUCCAGCCAGCGCGUCGGCUUCAGGGAGCAAGCGGUCCCCAAAUCACGUGUGAUCAUCCUGGAGGGCAUUCACGCGCUGAAUGAGCGCGUGCGGCCGCUGCUGGACCUGCGCGUGGCCAUCACAGGUGGCGUGCACUUCGACCUCGUCAAGCGCGUGCUGCGCGACAUUGACCGGUCGGGGCAGGCGCCUGAAAGCAUCAUUCAACAAAUUUCCGAGACGGUGUACCCGAUGUACAAGGCGUUCAUAGAGCCGGAGCUCAAGACGGCGCACAUCCGCAUGGUGAACAACUUCAACCCCUUCUCCGGCUUCCAGGACGCCACCUACCUCCUCAAGUCGCGAGCAGAGGGCGAGGGGUGGGAGGAGCGGGUGAGGGGGGUGCUGGAAGGAGGGCACACGCGGGAGGAGGUGGAGACGUACGAGAUCUACCUGCUGCCGCCCGGGGAGGACAAGGACACGUGCCAGUCAUACCUGCGCAUGCGCAACCGCGAUGGGCGCUACUCGCUCAUGUUUGAGGUGAUAGGCAAGGACCGCAAGCGCGUGAAGGAGGUGGCGGAGCAGCUGGGCAUGGAGGGGGAGGGGGGGUACAUCUCCCAUCCUUAUAUCGAGGAUAUCAAGCUGCACCACCUCACGCAGGAGAUUCAGAGCAACCAGCCGUCCCCCCUCUCCUCCAACGCGCUCAAGGCUCGUCUGCGCAUAUCAGACGACAUUCUGCCCUUCAGCCCGCCCGUGGGCCCGCGCUUUGCCUCGCCCACCUCCUCCUCCUCCUCUGCUGCUGCUGCCUCCUCCUCCUGGUCGGCUGGCGGCCACAAGCUCGACAAGACCAAGAGCCUAGCGUCCAUGGGACAGGGAGACCCGUCUCCUGACAGCAUGCCAGCCCCCACAGCCGCUUUAGCCAAGGCGGAGAUCAGCACCAUGCGCUCUGCCUGCUCCGCCACUGCCCUGGAGCUGCUCAAGCUGGAUGCUAGAGGGAGCCCUGGGGAAGGGGGGGAGGGCGAGGCUGAGCAGGGGCGGCGGGCGGUGGAAGCAAGCCCUGCAGGGCGUGGUGGUGGUGGGAGGGGAACGUCUCGCACUCGUCAAGGGAGGGGUGCUGACGAGCAGCAGGAGGGGCAGCAGCAGCAGCAGCAGCAGGCGCCAGUGGUGCUGUCGGCAUCGGCGGUGGCGAAAAUGCUGCAGAGCAACAAGGACGUGGAGGGCAAGCUGGCAGGCAUCGCACAGCAGAUGGACUGGCUGCUGCAGCGCUUGGAGCAGGCCGGGCAGGCACGCAGCAGUGGCAGCAGCAAACCACCCGCCUCCAGCCUUGCCAGUCGAGCAGAGGGGCAAGGCGGGCGCACGGCUGAGGGCGGUCCACAAGGACAGCAGGGCUCCAGUGGUGGUAGCGUGGUGCAGAAUGGCAGAGUGUUUGUUCCGCUGGGGCAGGAUGGCGACAAGAGUGUGAGGGAGGGUGGGGGCGGAGGGAGCGGGCUACAGAGGGAUGUGAGUGUGGUGGUGGAGCAACAGCGGCACAUGACUCGCCAGGUGAGGGCUGUUGAGACACUCAUCUCCUGCAGAGGGACGUGA